AUGAAGCCUACACUUCUUUUAACUGCUGGCUCCUUGGCCUGGGCAAAGCCGUCCGGCUACAAGAUCGACUACAACCGCGCACCCCCAAACCUGUCGACGCUCGCCAACUACAGUCUGUUUGAGACAUGGCGUCCUCGAGCGCAUGUGCUCCCUCCCUUCGGACAGAUCGGAGACCCUUGCAUGCACUACACCGACCCAAAGACGGGACUGUUCCACGUUGGCUGGCUUCAUCUUGGUGCCGCGGGGGCCACGACGGAUGAUCUGGUGACGUAUCAUGAUCUUAAUCCGGAUGGGGCUCCCUUCAUUCGCGCAGGCGGCACAAAUGACCCCAUUGCUGUCUUUGAUGGGUCGGUUAUCCCCAGCGGCAUUGACGGUAAACCAACGCUCCUCUACACGUCGGUCUCCUACCUACCUAUCCAAUGGACCAUCAACUACACCCGGGGCAGCGAGACACAGUCACUGGCCGUCUCAAAGGACGGUGGCCGGAAUUUCACAAAGUUGCAACAAGGUCCGGUGAUUCCGUCACCUCCCUUUGCCCUCAACGUGACGGGCUUCCGAGACCCCUACGUCUUCCAGAACUCUCGCCUUGACUCGCUCCUGGACAGCAAGCCCGGAACGUGGUACAACGUCAUCUCUGGCGGUGUGCAUGGAAAGGGGCCCAGCGUGUUCCUCUACCGUCAGCAUGACCCGGAGUUUCAGUACUGGGAGUACCUGGGCCAGUGGUGGCAUGAGAAGGCCAAUUCCACCUGGGGUGAGGGACUCUGGGCUGGGCGAUACGGCUUCAACUUUGAGGUUGCCAACGUUUUCAGCUUGGAUGAGGAAGGAUACAACUCCAAGGGUGAGGUCUUUGCUACCCUUGGUGCCGAGUGGUCUCUCGAGCCAAUCGUGCCUGAGGUGUCGGACUUUCGGGAGAUGCUCUGGGCAGCAGGCAACGUCUCGCUUGAGGGCGGCGAUGUCAAGUUUUCUCCUACAAUGGUAGGCAAGCUGGACUGGGGUCAUUCUGCCUAUGCUGCGGCGGGCAAGGUUCUGCCGUCAUCUUCGAAAGCUUCAUCCAAGAGUGGUGCACCGGAUAGGUUCAUCAGCUACCUGUGGCUGACUGGUGACUAUUAUGGUACACUCAAGCAGUUUCCAACUUCGCAGCAGAAUUGGACAGGCUCACUUCUCCUGCCGAGAGAGUUGAGUGUUGGAAAGAUCAGCAACGUGGUCGAUAACGAGCUCGCACGGGAAAAGGGCUCAUGGCGCGUGGCUAAGAACGAGUCGGGGGUUGUGGAACUAGAUACGCUGAAGCAGGUCAUCGCUCGCGAAACGCUGUCCAAGCUUACCAAGAAGGAGUCCUUCAACGAGGAAGGCCGAACCAUCAGCAAGUCUGGAUCAACGGCCUUUAAGCGACACCCCAAGUCCAAGUUCUACGUUCUCAAGACUUCCAUCUCGUUCCCAAGCUCAACUCGCAACUCGGAUCUCAAGGCAGGCUUCCAGAUUUUGGCCUCAGAGCAUGAGUCCACCACCAUCUACUACCAGUUCUCAAAUGAGACUGUUCUCAUUGACCGGAGCAAGACAAGCGCUGCUGCGCGCACUACUAGCGACAUUGACUCGCGAAACGAAGCGGGACGACUGCGGCUGUUUGAUGUUGUCGAAAAGGGCAAGGAGCAGAUAGAGACUCUGGAGCUUACUAUUGUCGUGGACAACUCCAUCGUGGAAGUUCAUGCCAAUGACAGGUUUUCGUUGAGCACCUGGGCUCGUUCUUGGUACGCUGAUUCGACUGAGAUCCAUUUCUUCCAUGACGGAGAGGGUGAAGUUACGUUUGGCGAUGUGUCUAUCUACGAAGGGCUCUUUGAUGCUUGGCCUGAGAGGAAGCGGUAG